AUGCGUGCUAAGCGGGUUCGAACGGUGGGCCUGCGGGCCCUCCAGGUCUGCGCCCUCUUCCUAGCUGGGGCGUGUGGCGCCUCGUUUAUCAAGUCUGCACGCGUCGCAGAGAAGACAUUUCCGGGCCAGUCCCCAGCUGCUGUGUUCCAAGAUGGUCAGCAAGAUGUGAGCUCAACAGUUCUGGCUGGUGCCACUUUCGGAGCUCACCACCGAGAGCUCCAUAGAGCAGCUCAGAAGGUGGCUUUGCAAGCAAGGAACGAGACGAGGGCCUUCGUGGAUGCGCUCCAUGCUGCCAUGAUUCGGGGACAAGCAGAAGCGGUGGGCGCUUCGAUCAACAAAAACCUGGGGGCCAGGCAGAGCUCUCAGGGCAAGUCGCAGAAGUCUAGUAAGCACAGCCAGCGCAAGCACGCCAAGGCCAAGAAGCAAGAUGCGCAAGUGAGGGGGACCCACUUAGACGUGCCACUGGAAGAGCUUGGACUGUCGCCCCAGGCGGUGAUUGAGCUGAGGGCCAAAAACGAGCAAGAACGACAGGCCCGUCUGGCAGAAGUGCGGGCCCAGUUCUACAAGCGGCGUCCAGGGCUCUCUGAUGCGGAGCCCGGCUCCCUGCGGGGGGACCACAUGGUUCAAGAGGAAGUGGCCACAGCUCGAGAUGCGGAACUUUUUAAGCUCUUCUCCAAGAAGCACGGCUUGUCCUACAUGCGCCGCCAGCAGCACGCAAAGCGGCCUGAGACGCUCCGGCUAGAGGAGACGGCAGUCGGGAGGGAGGCCCGAACGCUCAUACAGACGGUGGAGGCAGAUGCAACGCGGUGUGCCAAGCUUUCGGACCGCCGAAGUGUCCGAGUGGUGGUGGCGGGCAUGUCCGAAUCGGGGCGGCUUUGGUUGUUAACGGCCGUAAGGGCGCUCCUCGGAGCAGCGUAUGGGGAGGAAGAGCUGGCUGAGAGCCGGAAAGAUGGGUCCGUCGCAGUGAACGGGACCCGGGCUCUCGAGAUCCUGUCGAAGAGCCCGUACGCCAUUGUGGCUGUGGAGGAGUUCGACGCGAAGCUCCUGGCCGCGGCGGACUACGUCUUCCUCACGCACCAAGACCCUCGCAGCGAGUUUGCAGAGCGCGCGCAGAAGGGCGACGGAAAGCGCGCGCCAACGCUGCACCGCGCGUUCCAAGAGCACGGCAGGUGGCUGCAGCACGCGUGCGCGGACAGCGCGCACGAGCGCGCGGCGGGAGAUGCGUUGGGUGAAAUCAGCCGGCUGACCACCCUGCUCUGCCUCCCGGGCAUCGAUCCCGGGGAAAUUGCGGGGGUGAUACAAGAGGAGCUCGACCGGUCGGGGUACGAGUCCCCGGUCACAACGGGGUCGUCGGACGACGUGUCUUACCGGAAAGUUGUGCUCCCGGGUGAAAUAACCGAGCGCGUCGAGCAGGCGUUUGGAACGUGGAUGGCUCUGCACGGAUACCGGGUGAAAAACCAGGCGGGGCAAGCGGGCCUGAUUGGUGCGAGCGAGUUGCUUUCGGGUACUGUGCUUCGUGUGCAAAACUGUCCCCGGCGGCCGGAAGCGGUCUCCUUGUGA